AUGCGCUUUGCUCAAAGCCUUCUCCUGGGCCUGUUGGUCGGACACGGCCUGGCGCAGACAGCCGUUGAGCCUGUUGAGGAGCAGCCAAGCGCCGUUGCCCCUCAGAACCCUUCAGAGCCCGCCGCCGAGGAGCCGUCAGCAGCUGCUCCCGUCGCGGAACCUACACAAGACAACAGCUCCCCCGAGCCCACCGCCGACACCAAAGAGCCCGCGGAAUCUGCCGCUGCCCCCCAGGAAUCGGAGCCUGCUGCUACUGGAUCACCCGAGGAACCUACAGCUGCCGAAGAGGAGCCUUCAGCGGGAGUCACUGCGACCAACAACGACAGCGAGCCCACAAAAGCUCCCGAGGCGACAGGGACAGCUGAAGAAGCCUCCGCUACCGCCGGCGAUGACGAUUCCCUUACUGCUACCGGCGAACCAACUGGCACUGCCACCGAACAAGAAGAGACCGGCGCUACAAAGACUGAGAGCUCAGUACCUACCGCCACCUCUGCCGUUGUCAAGGCCGAUCUGAAGAACGCGACCGUCAGCGAAAAUGCCGAGAUCGUCGAGGUUGAGGGCAAGCCUGCUGUCAAGCUGAGCGCCCCCGUUGAUGGCGAAGCCACCUUCAGCGUUUCGGUCGACACCGACGACGACUUCGACGCCGGCGAGAAGAUCCAUAUUGUCGCCUCGAUCUUUGUCGGAGAACCCUCUGGCUCGAACAGCGCGAAGCUCCGACGACGCGGCCGCAAGACCGACUGUAACCUCCAGAUGAAGCUCAACGGCCAGACCGUCUACGACGAGCCUCUCGAGACCACCGACGGCAAGUGGCAGGACGUCAGCAGCACCGGCCUCCAGUCCUCAGACCCCCAGCCCAAGAUCGACGUCACCCAGAAGUGUGGCAAGACACCCGCGCCCCUGACUGUCAACAACGUCCAGGUUGCCAACGAGAACGGCCUGGGUUCCAGCUCCGGCGGCAGCGGCAGCGGAUCUGGUGGCUCUGGUUCGGGCUCGGGCACGGGCUCGGGCUCCAGUGGAAAGGGCUCCAGCGGAUCCGGCUCCGGCUCCGACUCCAAAUCGGGCUCUGACUCCAGCUCUAGCGAUGAUGAUUCCGCUGGGUCCAAGGCCGCGACCAGCAUGGUCGGUCUCGUCGCCGCCAUGGCCGCUGCUAUGUUGUUUAUGUAA